CACCUCCAGCAUGUGGGGCCAGCGCCCUACCCCUUUGAGGCACAGGCACUGCCCUAUUCUGGAUAUUUCUUAUAAAAGAAACUAUCAAAAUGUGACCUUUUUGUCUCCUCCUUUGACUUUGCAUGUUUUCAGCGUUCAUUCGUGUUACGGUGGCAGUUUAUAUAAAGGAAGCCCUGGGACUUGUGGCCACACCCUUCAAGAAUCAAAUAGAAAAUGGAACAACCAUAUAUCUUAUGUGAGGAAGAAGAAGAGCCAGAACCACAGAAGAACAUAGAAGAAACCAAACAAGUAGAUGAUGAAGACGCCGAGCUAAUCUUUCUUGGGGUGGAACAUGUAAAUGAAGAUGCCGAGCUGAUCUUUGUAGGGGUGACUUCAAAUUCAAAACCAGUUGUUUCAAACAUCUUGAACAGAGUCACCCCAGGUUCAUAUUCAAGGAGAAAAAAGCGUGGUCACCUUAGAAAAGAUACUGCUCACAAAUUGCAGCCUACAAGUCAUGCAUUGCCUAAAUCAGGAGCAGUAACUGUCUUGCCAACUUCUCAGUCUGAAUCAAGAUCAACAGAUAGUCCUAUUAUUAUUAUUGAGUCUUUAUCUAAACCUGAUUGUAAAGAUAGUUCAUCACAAGUUGUGCCUGAUAGAUCUUCAGAGUCGUGUUCUCCUUUGACUACCUUCACAAGCUCAUUGCAUCACCCAGUGAGAGAAGCACUUUCAGUAGGAGGUACGAAUGAAAGUCCACGGGUGUCAAAGCGACGACUUUCCACGUCUGAAGUAGACAGCGUAAGUCCCAAAAGGACUAAACUCAGGGAUGGAAUUACAGAGGAAUGUUCUUCAGCUGUGUCCCCUUCAGGUGUCUUUCAUACAGUGAAUACUCAGCAGAACACAUCCUCAAACAGUGUUCACACCUCAUUAAGCCAUGUUCAGAAUGGACCACCUUUUCCAACAGCUUUUUCAAAGGACAGCGUCCAUUGCAAGCCUAUAAAUGCAAAGCUUGAUAGGGAAAGUGAAUCAGCACAAACAGACUUUGCAAGUCUAGCAAGUCAAAACAAGAACUUAGACCCCAAGAAAGGAAAUCUGGUCGUGCUACUUAGUGACUUUUACUACGGACAGCAUAAAGGAGAUGGGCUGCCGGAGCAGAAGACGCACACAACCUUUAAAUGCCUCAGCUGCUUGAAAGUUCUGAAAAAUGUUAAGUUCAUGAAUCACGUGAAGCACCAUUUGGAACUUGAGAAGCAGAAGAGCGAUAGCUGGGAAAACCACACCACCUGCCAGCACUGCCACCGGCAGUUUCCCACUCCCUUCCAGCUGCAGUGUCACAUCGAAAGUGUGCACACGGCCCAGGAGCCCUCUCCCGUCUGUAAAAUCUGCGAAUUGUCAUUUGAAACAGACCAGGUCCUCCUGCAACACAUGAAGGACAACCAUAAGCCCGGAGAAAUGCCCUAUGUCUGUCAGAUUUGCCAUUACAGAUCGUCGGCCUUUGUUGAUGUGGAAACACAUUUUAGAACGUGCCACGCUGACACAAAAACUUUGCUUUGUCCAUUUUGUCUCAAAAUUUUCAAAACUGCAACACCAUACAUGUGUCAUUAUAGGGGGCACUGGGAAAAGACUGUACACCAGUGUUCUAAAUGCCGGCUACAGUUUUUAACUUUCAAGGAGAAAAUGGAGCACAAGACCCAUUGUCAUCAAAUGUUUAAGAGGCCUAAACAACUAGAAGGAUUGCCUCCAGAAACAAAAGUUGUUAUUCAAGUGUCCCUGGAGUCUCUUCAGUCAGAGUCAGUGGAAUUAGCAUCGAUUACUAUGAGCACAUCUGAUUCUAAACUGUCACAUCCCAAGUCUAAAAGCAGAAUUUCAAAAAAACACAAUUAAUUCUAGUUUCAGUAAAUCUAAAAUAUUUCGAACCAAGUAAAACUCCCAUAAAGACAAAAAAUACAAACCAGACAUUCAUUUUUCAAUAGCACCAAAAAUAGUUUAUGGAUUAUAUGUUUUUAAAAAAUUUAUACAAUAUUAUUUGGUCUGAAUUUUGAGGUGUUAUUAUAACACAUUAUCUGGUGUUAACUAUAUCUGGUUUAACACAUAAAAGGUGUUUGUGUUAUGUGUGAGAGAGAAAAACAAAUCUAUUUAUUUUUUUGGUAUUUCAUAUCACUCCUAAGUUUGAAAGCUCUUCCUCCUAUAUAUAAAAUUGUUAGAGUUUUUGAAAUGAUUUUAGCUUUUUCUGUGUGUUGAAGAUUUCACUGUUAACUCUAGUCAGACUGGAAUGGACUUGUUAUGGCCUGGCCCAUUUGCUGCUAAACCCCUAGAAGUGCCUCUGUUGUGCUGGCAGAAAAUGAUCUGGUUCUGAACGCCUGGGUGUGGAGUUGAGGGAGAAGCUGUGGUGUGAACAGACAUCAGGAAGGUGAGGUUAGUCUAGACAACGGUGCGAGGUCCCAUUUAGGGAUAGAUGUGUAUUCAUGCUGGUCUUGGAGCUAGUGCAGAAGGAAGACUGCUUCAGAGUGUCUUUACCUAACACAAGAACAUCUAAGGAAGCAAAACCAUUCAAAAUGCCUAUGUUUGGUGAGGGGCCUCUGCAGAUAUCAGCCACUGUGCAUGACUGGUUUCAGAUGAAGAAGUAAUAAUUUAAUAGAGUGAGGCCUGCUGCUAGCAUUCUGUCCUCCGUGAAGGAGAAUUAACUGGCCAUAUCCUUCUCUGCCACAGCAGUAAAGCAAGUUAAGUUUCCCAAGGGAAAAGAGCCCUGGUAGCCAUACUUUGAAUCCUACUGAACCCAUAGUUUUGACUGAAAAGGGCAAAACAGUAUGUCCAAGCUGGGUGCCCAUAGCUUAGUGGUUACAGCGACAGCCCUAUGCACCAGGGGUGGUAGUUGGAACCCAGCCCAGGCCUGCUUAACAAAAAAAAAGGAAAAUCCUAUCCAGUUAAUGGACUGGGCUAAAUUUAGUUCUGUCACUGCCAAACUAGAAUUGGAUUUGUCUAAGAACAGUAGGUAUAGUGGACAAAAAUAGUCCAGGGUGAUUGUAAAAUUAAACCCCAAGACAGGGCUUUAUAUUUUUCUGUGUAUGUGUAUUGUACCCUAAUUGAAGAUGUGAAGCUUGCAGUUUUAUAGCUUGUCUUGGAUGUGAAUGUAUUACAGCUAACAGUCUUUUGUUGUACAUGUAACUUUCCAGUUUAUUACGGUAAUACUGGUUGGGUCUUACUUGAUAUACACUAGUGUGCAGGAUAUCCCAUUUACUUCAGUGAGCAUUCAGUCUUAGAGUUAAAAUUCUUUAUCUAAUCUAUCUUGUCUAACCUAUACCACGGGGGAACAUUUUUUGCUUGCCCUCUCCAAGGGGUUUUUGACGGAAUUGCAGAGUAUGUUUUUAAGUAUUGGUUCCCAAACAUCAGUGGCCUUGACAGCCUCUGUGGUUCCAGGGUUGUCUCUCUGGAUGUGUUCUAGCACCAUCCUUGGUUCCUCUGCCCACAGCCUCUGUUCACCAGUUGAGGGAGGAAUCUGUCAUCUUGGCUGUAGGCCAAAGUCUGGAGAAACUUCUCCUUUUUCCCUUGGUUACUUCUUAAGGAUACCUUCUCUCUCCUCUCAAUCUAGUUAAAUUUCCUAAGCUUUCACAAAAAGCUGGGAAGAGAUAAUCAUAAAGCGUAUAAUUUCUCUCUUAGAACCAGGGGAGAAGGUACUACGGACAACAAAGACAUUGUGAGUAUGUUGUCCACAUUUUAGGUAAUUUCCUGAUUGUAGAUUGUUUUAUUUAUUUGCCCGAUGCUUGCUUGCUUGAUUGAUCAGCACCUUGAACAUUUCACUAGGCUUUUCCAGUUCCUUUACUUGGGGCAAGACAGUUUGCUAAAAUUUUAGGAGGUGUAGAAAGGGUGAUGUGUCUGUGUGUAUUUAUUCUACUUGUUCUGGUCUCAGGUGGGUAGUCCUGCUGUGUAUAAAUAGAUAUGCAGAUUUUUGCAUACUUACCUCCCUUAUUCUGUUUCUGUGGUGAAAAUAUGAAAUGCUUUAGUUCUCUGGUUUAGUGAUUGCUUAGUAUUAAUACUAUUAAUGCUGUUUGCUGUUCCACUAACGCACGCUCCUAGGAGUACAAAUUUCAUUAAUUGCCAACUGUAGGUUCCAGUAACCUGGCUCCUGCCUACUCCUUUUCACUUUCUGCCGUGCUUCACUGCCAUUUUCCCCAUGGGUGCACUAUUUUUCAACACACUGGACACACUGGCCUUGCUAUUCCUUAAUCAAAUCAUAUUUCUUCCUGAUCCAAAGACUUUGCACAUGCUGUUCUCUUUCUUAGAAUGCCCUUCCCCAGGCCUGCAUGGCUUGCUACCUCAUGUGUUUGACAUUUCCUUUGGCUCAUUGAACUUCACCGAGGUUCUUAGAAUGACUCAAUGAAAUCUCCUUUCUUCCUUUUUUUUUUUCCUGACCUUACAUUCUACUCCUCUUUAAAGGCACUUUACCCCUCCCCACUGUUUUCUUCCUUCUCCAAUCUAGUUAAAUUUCCUAGGUUUUCAUGGAAAAGCUAGGAAGAGAGAGAUCAUCAUCAAGGGCUUUGCUUCUGUCUUAGAAUUAAGCUAGCUUGAGCGUUUCUGUGCCUGCAACCAAAAGAAAAUAUACUGAGUUGAGUUCUUUCAGGAGCUUUCUCUGUUUUUCUAUUGAUACCUCUAUAUUUUUUUAAGGCAAUGUCACUUUGUUUUGUUUACAAAUAUAUUGGAUAUGUCAAGAUUACUAUUUUGUUAUUACCCUCUGUGAAUUUCCUUGUCUAUUUUGCUUGCUUAUUCUUUCAGAUACAAUUUAUUAUUUUAUUAAUGUUGCCAAAAAUUGUAAGUAAAAUAGAAAUUAUAAUAAAAUGUUUUGUGAAA